AUGCUUCCUGAUGUGGAUGCCGUCUUCUACGCCGACACGGACGUCGUAUUCGUCCAUCCUAUCGAAGAUUUCUGGAGAAUGUUCUACGCCAUGAACGAAUGGCAGAUGGCUGGUAUGGCGCCUGAAACCGAGCACUUAAAAAACAACUGCUACUUAAGAGAAAAGAUUCGCCGCCCAUACGUUCCUCCUUUAGGUCUGAAUUCGGGGUUGAUGAUGAUGAACCUAACGCGUAUGCGUGCCUUUAACCUGGAGGACCACAUGAUACGCCUGCUCGAAGAGUUCCAGGAGCGCAUUGUUUAUGGAGACCAGGACCUGCUGAACAUCUUUUUUACCCGAUAUCCUCAAGGAAUAUUCACCUUCACGUGCCGUUGGAACUACCGCGCAGAGCACUGCCUAGGCGACGCCUUGUGUGCGGACGGCCCCAUCUCUGCGAUACACGCCUCGCGAAAGGUGGUCCUCCUCAAGCAAGUGCCGGCGUUUGUCGCUCUUCAUGCGGCCAUGGGAAACUUCAAGCUCGGACAAAACCUUGUGGAUCACUUUAUCGUUCCCCUCCGCACAAGUCUUUGGAACAAAAAUCUUUCGAACACUGCUUCGACAGGAUGUACCAAAGAGCUCAGGAAACAGCUGCAUCUGCUUCGGCUAGCUGCAAGUCGUGUCGACAACAUGACGGCCCAAGCUGCGGCCGCAAAUGGAAUGUAG